UUGCCAUGGACUUUCCCAGUUUCAACAGGCUUCACUUUGAGCCAUGGGAGGGGGAUGGGAUGAUACAAAACUUGACUCAAGACUGAAAAAUCUGUCAGUGGAGAGAGCAAAUGAGUUAGACGAACAGAUACAUGGGCUUAUGGGGCAGGCAGUUGAUUUGCAGAGACUUUUUUCUAGAAGCACCCAAAAGAGCUGUUACUUUGAAGACUAUUAUUUUGUAACAUCUUCCUUGAAUCUGGACACAUUAGUCGGUCAUAUUUCAGUACAGCUGUCACGCUUUGACAGAAAACCUGGUGCAGUGUUUUGUUCACAGGAGAUAUCUUCACUGUUUUUGUCAGACUGAAGCCGUGUCAGCUGACAGACUGAGCAGCAUGUCAAAGGAGGUGAAGCCAGAGAGCGUGUCGCUGUGUCCUCUGGGCAUGACAGCUGCCCCUGAGCAGGAGCUGCUGUGUAUCUUUGGGACUGGGGACUUUGGCCGCUCUCUGGGCCAGCGUCUGCUCCAGACUGGCUACAGGGUGGUGUACGGCAGCCGCAGACCUCACAGCUGCGGCCCCUUACCCCAGGGAGCUCAGGUGAUGAGCCAUGAGGCAGCAGCCCAGUCAGCCGGUGUGAUCUUUCUUUGUGUUCACAGAGAAAACUAUGACUUCCUGGAGACACUUGUGACUCAACUGAAGGGGAAGGUGCUGGUGGAUGUCAGCAACAACCUCAAGAAGAAUGUAUACCCAGAGGCCAAUGCUGAGUAUCUGCAGAGGCUGAUCCCUGGAGCUCAUGUGGUGAAAGCUUUUAACACCUUGUCUGCCUGGUCCCUGCAGAAUGGACCCUCAGAUGCCAGUAGACAGGUGUACCUGUGUGGAAACAGUGCUGAGGCAAAGCAGCAAGUAGUUGAGACGGCGACCAAACUGGGCUUCAAUGUUCUGGACAGAGGGACUCUGUCAGCAGCCAGAGAGCUGGAGGACUUCCCCCUGCAGCUGUUCCCAGAGUGGAGGCUGCCACUACGCCUGGCCUUUGGCCUCACCGCCUUCUUCUUCUUCUAUCUGCUCAUUAGAGAUGUUGUCUACACAUAUGUUGAACAGGACAAGGACAUCUCCUUCAGAAUCAUGGUGUCCCUUGCCAACAAGGUGUUUCCCAUUGUGUCUCUCAUCAUGUUGUCUCUGUGUUACCUGCCUGGUGUCGUAGCGGCCUUCCUUCAGCUGUACAGAGGAACCAAAUACAAGCGUUUCCCCGACUGGUUGGAUCGCUGGAUGCUGUGCAGGAAGCAGCUGGGACUGCUAGCACUUGGCUUUGCUUCUCUACAUGUGCUCUACACUCUCAUCAUCCCCAUAAGAUAUUAUGUGAGAUUCAGGAUUGCGGAAAGUACCAUCUCAAAGAUCAAGGAGAACCAAACGUCAGUGUUUGACACCACCAUGGCCUGGCGUGUUGACUCGUACUACGCUAUGGGGAUUCUGGGAUUUGGCCUGUAUCUCCUGUUGGGAAUAAGCUCUCUCCCCUCCGUCAGCAAUGCUCUCAGCUGGAGAGAGUUCAGCUUCAUACAGUCCAAAUUAGGAUACCUGACAUUGUUCUUCUGUACCUUUCACACCUACCUUUAUGGCUGGGACAAGUUUCUUCGACCCUCUUACUACAAAUGGUACACUCCUCCAGGCUACAUGCUUUGUCUGGUGGUGCCUUCUGUGGUGAUGGCACUCAAGCUGGUGAUCCUCUUGCCCUGUGUGGACCGCAGCCUCACCCGCAUUCGACGGGGCUGGGAGAGGACUGAUCCAGAGGGUGACAGCAAGAAAUCAUUGCUAACAUAGAACUAUCAUAAUCACAGACACAGAAAAAACAAAACAAACAGAAAACGCAGAUACAAAGACACCGCAGUGACUGGCAUUACCAGAGCUAUUGCAUUAGGUAACCUGACUCAUUGUUUUGGAUGUCAUUGAUCCAAGAGUGUACAAUACACCUACUGUUCUGAUCUCUAUUGUCAACAAAGUCAAGUUGGUCAACCUUUAUGUAACCAUGCAGUAAUUGUUCCAUUUUGUAAACGUAUUAUGUCAUAUAAUUGCACAGUGUAGGUUUUCAUCAGUUAUACAAAUACCUUGGACCUACACAGAGAAUCAUAGACACCAACAUAUGAAAGCAGUCAUACUGCAAGUUAACAUUACUUUACCUUUGUAAGGUCAUGUAUUUUUUCCCACUAGAGUUGAAUAAUUGCAGUAUACUGAUGGUACAGCACAUUCAGUAAUCCUAACACUAACUAUGAGAUGAGCGUCCUUGUAUUUCCCUUAACCUCAACAGCUACAGUUUGUCCAACUCUGAUUUUUAUACCUUUGAGUUUCUUAUCAAUCUUCAUCUACAGGCAGCUUGUGUUUGUUGCGUUUCCUUAAUUUAAUUUUCUAUUUCUAUAAAAACAUUUCUCACUGCUUUUUUAUUUUGUUUUUCCUCAUUAGUAUUUGUAUGUGUCAAGUGUAACAACCAUGAAAUGCUCUUCAGAAUAAACUCAAGUGUGACUGAA